AUGUUAGGUGAGGAUGAGAGAAAUGAAUUAAAAAUCCCACCAACAAAGAUCAAGAAACAAAAUCUGAAUGCACCUGGUUUGCAAAAAGAAGAAGAAUCUCUCUUUGAUUCUGCAACAAUUGAAACCGAAACUUCACCUUUCAAUGUUGUUCAUCCAGGCGCAGGUCUUUCAGAUCAAAUAAUGAAGGCAACAAAUCCACGAUUACUUGCAAUAUCAAAAAAGCAAAGAUCUCCAAUUCAUCCAGUUCGAACUGGUCAAAUGCGCGCUCAAUCUAAAAAUAUACCACUUACACAUGGUGUAACAUCAAUGUUAACUAAGAAACCUUUAUCAGAUUUACCAGAACCAUCUCAAAGUUUAAUCGAAUACAAUAAUAAACAAGAAAAAAUAGAAGAAUCAUCGCUUGAUUUUGAUGAAGAUCCUAUAGCCUAUUUCAGUAAGCGAAAAGAUGGUCGUGGUCACCUCUUUAUCUAUUUGAAGUGGGCAAAAGAUCCAAAAUGUCCAGAUUUUUCACCAUAUGAACUUGUAAAAACUACAUAUAAAGAUGUUGGAAAGAAUUACUUUUCUAUGUCUGCAAGUGGCGUCACCCAUUUUUAUCCAGAUGGAACAACAGAAAUUUCAACUCUUGAUCAUUGGGCUCGGGAAGAAUCAAUAUACAAAUCUAUACGAAAACUACAUACCUUCAAACUAUAUCUCUUCUGGAAACCUUUUAAAGUUUGGAAAAAUUUCAUCACUCAACAGCACUACAACGAAACAAAGAAGAAAAUCAUCAAAUUCCCGUUAUUCUACAACCUAUCAUUUGCAAGUGGCUACGUAGCUUUGGCCUCUUUAGUUGAAGAAUCUGAUCAAAUUAUCGAGAAAUACUUACUUCAAUUUGCCUAUUCUAAGAAAUACAAACUUGAUGCAUUCGAUCGCAUAUCAAGUGAGAAUAUUGUAUCGUUAGUUGAAGAAUAUACCCAAUUCAUACAAGAUACAGCAACAAUUGUCAAUGGAAUCUUUGGAAUGCUUUCGGAUAAAGAGCUUCUUAAAGUUACUGACCAAGAGUUUGCAGAAAUUCGUCGUAAAAAUCCAAAUAUCGGAACAUUAGUCAUAUUAGAACGCAAAAAAGAAUCAGAAAGAAUCAGAAGAACAGAACAAAUGGAUUUAGAAAUCAAAUCACUCUCAAAUUUCUUAAGAAUGGUCGACUACAUGAUGCUUGAAGCACUAAGAAAUGGUUGCUACAAAUCAUUUACUAAUGCACAAAAUAUUAUUUGUCAAGAACAAUCAUCAAUUUUUGUUGCAGAAGUUUAUUUUAAUGAUGAAGGAAAAGUAUCAUUUAAUCCAUCAAUCGAUGAACUGAUGACUCUUGUAUUUAAUACAAUGAACAAAGCUUUGUCAACUCUUGAGAACUUGCCAAGAUUAUUAAGACAUCCUGAUUUAAGACACAUUUUAUUGAGUGGUGAUUUAGAUGUCAAAAAAUUACUCGAUGGAGCUCCAGAUUUUCCUUUGUUCGCAAGGUCAUCGAACUUAAUUGGAAACGUAAUGGAUAAGAUCAAGAAAGUUCUCUUGGACUCAUACAGCCAAGCAGAAACAUAUGCACAGAUAUUUAAAGAGUUUUAUCCACUUUACAAACUCGGAAAAACAUGGGAUGUCAGAAAUUUCAUUGUAAAACUUGACAAAUCAAGAUACGAUGGACCAUUACAAAUUGACAAGAGACCAGCUAAUGAACCUGUUGAUCAGUUCUUAUUACAUCCGGAGAAUGAACCUUAUAUUGAUUUCACAAAGGUUAGAGAUAUGAUAAUGAGAUUGAAAGAAGAAGAAAUAAGAGUAAGAGAAAUCAGAGCAGGUGUUGUAAAAGGAGCUGUUUAUAUUGAUAGUAAAGAAUUGAGACAUGUUUUGUCACCAAUUCCAAGCACAUCAUUAAAAUCAUUGGAAGAAAUGCUUAGAAAACUCAUGGAAUUAAAGAUAGCUUUAGUUAAUAGAGCUUUGAAAGAUUACAUGUUAAAACUCAAAGUUGAAACUACAUCUGUUGAAAUUUACACAGAUUUUUGUGAACUUUUACAAAAAACAGAGAAAUUGAUGCCGCAAAUAAACGAAGAAAUCAAAUUUGUUGAAAGAGUUAAUGUGUUAUUGCAAGAAUCUGAUUUCCAGACAGUUGCCAAUCCAUUGCCAAGAAUCUUCAAACAAUUCUUGGAACAAAGAGAAAGCUCUUUGAAAAUCCAACAAGACCAAUACAACAAAUUCACUUAUGUUGUUCAAAGUCUUGCAGAAAAACAUUACAAAUCUUUGGAAGAUUUGUACUCGAAGUCUAUGAAUAUUCCUAUUACUGUUAACUCUAUAAAUCUUGAGGAGUUCUUAGAGCAAACAAUUAAGCUGAAGAAGGUUUCUGAUAAAUUAAUUCCUCAAAUUGUUUCUUGCAACAGAUUCCAGAAAAUUUUGGAUAAAAAAUUUUCAGAUUUUUCGGAUUUGUCAGAUUUAGAGAAAAACAUCAAAUUCUCAGAAGCUCUUUAUAACACUGUGAAGAAGUGGGAGAUCAUCAAUCAACAGGUCAAUGAAGUUGCUUUUAAUCAUAUCACAAUGGAUUCAUUCAAGACAGAUGUUUCGGAUUUCAAAGGUUUGGUCGAACAACUAAAGAAAAUUUAUGAAAAAACAAUUCCUAUCAUUAGUGAACUCAAUGGAAAUUAUUCAACGAUUUCACCAACUGUUGAUGAUUUAACUAAACUUUCUCAAGCGAGAAUGAACACAAGACACUGGGUACAGUUGUUCCAAGAUGUCGGACAGAAAGAUCAAUAUAAUGAGAACAUAACAAUUGCACAAUUAAUUAAAUUUGGUAUUUUGAAUAAUACUAAACGUAUUGAUGAAAUAACAACACAGUCAAUUGGCGAGAAUCGUAUAGAAAACGCUUUCCAAGCCAUUAAAGCACAUUGGAAAGAUAUUACUAUACCUUUAGUUGAUAAUCCAACGAAUGAUCCGAAGAAAGUUAAUUUGGCGAACACAGAUAACUUGAUACAAGAAAUUAAUGACUCCGCAAUCACAUUGAACGGAAUGUUGAAUGAUAGAUUCGUAUCCGGAAUCAAAGCGAAUGUCAUGGAAUUGGCAAACAUGAUGGAUACAAUUCUAAGAGUUAUUACAGAAUGGAAAAUUUUCCAGUCGAAUUGGAGUUUCAUUGGUCCACUUUUCCAACAAAAUUUAGUGAAAAAAGUGCUUCCAAACCAACAUACAAGAUACCAAAUCAUUGAGAAAAAAUGGCAUAAUAUAUGUGUCAAUACAUUACAAGAUACAAGAAUCAUUGAAGUUUGUUCUUAUCCAACAAUUUACGAAGAUUUCAAAGAUUUCAAUACUUCCAUUGAAAUUAUUUUGUCAUCUUUGACAUCAUAUUUGGACAUGAAACGCGAAUUAGUUCCAAGAUUCUAUUUGUUGUCGAACUAUGAAUUAUUGAGAUUACUAACAACAACAGAUUUCUCAAUAUUCACAAGCGAAUUAUCUAAAAUUAUGAUGCACAUAACAAGAUUAGAUUCUCAAGCAUUGAAUGCAAAUGAUUCUGACUCAGCAAUGGUACAAGAUGAAUGCAAUUUCCCAGGUACAAAGAUCUUCGGCAUUGCAGGAGAAGAUGGAGAUAUAUUAAACCUCACAGAAACAGUUGUUUGCAGCGGUGCUAUUGAAGAAUGGGUUCCUGAAUUGAUAAAUUCGAUGAAGAAAUCAGUAAGAGAUGCAAUAACAUUGAGUUUAUCAAGAUACGCAUCAAGUUCAUUGAAUGAUUGGAUGAUGACUGCUUCAACAUAUAUAGGAAUGAUUACUUUGAACAUUUCUUUCACAAGAGAUAUUGAAGAUUGUUUCAAUAACUUGGAAACAAAUCCAAAAGGAUUUCAACAUUACGCUUCAAAGAUUAAAAAGAAAGUUCAAGAAUUAAUUUCUACAUUGGCCAAUCCUUUAUCACCCAAUGAUGCUCAGAAGAUAUCAAUCAUAUUAUCAAUACUUUUGAGUCAUUACGAUAAAGCAAAUCUUUAUUCUGACAGAGCAAGUGUCAGAAAUUGGAAAAUUGACUUCGAAAAUUGUAUCGUUUAUAGAUACGAUGCACCAACGAUGAAUGUCUUGAUUAACUAUAAGGAUCAUUCAUGGUCACAUGCAGCAGAGUUCUGGGGAUGUUGUCCGUCAAUGAUUAUGACUCCUGCAAUUGAAACAGCUUUACAAAACAUUUUGACAUCGAUGUCACAAAAUUUAGUUCCUGUUUUAUACGGACAAAAUGCUUCAGGAAAGUCAGAAUUGAUUCAUAGAUUUGCUGCUAUGUUUGGUCAGUUCAUUUAUCAUUUCCCAGCAUAUACAAAGAUGCCAAGAGUUUUCAUAAGAAGAGCUGUUUUAGGAACAAUUUUGACAGGAAGUUGGCUCCACUUUUCACAGAUGAAUUUAUUGACAUCUGAUGAAUUGAGUUUCACUUUUGAUCAAGUUAACGCUGUGAUGCUUUCUUUACAGACGAAGAACAACAAAUAUACAGUUGGUGAUGUCAACUACCAAAUUCACAAUGACACAUAUUUCUUCUACAGCGCAACAACAGAUGACAAAAACAACGAUUCUUUCAUGCAACAUGUGAGAUUGUUGUCAAGACCUGUUUGUCUUUCAAUGCCUGUAGUCAAGAAAUACAUGGAAACUUUGUUCAUCACGUUAGGAUUCAAAUCUGCUCAUCAAAGUGCAGCACAAUUGGAAUCAUUGAUACAAUCAAUUUGUUCUAUCUUUAAUUUCAAUGAAACUCCUUUGUUACAUGCGAACAAAAUCAUUAAUUCCGCUGUAAAUUACUUGAGAAUAAUGAUGCAUUCUGUCAAAGUUUAUUUCACAAAUUACUAUGACAAUCCAACAUUGACUGAGCAAUAUUGCAUUUGCAGAGCAGUCCACAACUAUUUCUGCCCAACAUUGAACUUGUCUGACCAGGAUUUGUUGAUCGAAACAAUGUAUAAGUUCUUCCCAAUGUUCGAUAACGAAACUGUUUUCAAAGUCAAUAUCUAUGGAAGAUUUGACUUCCCAAUGAAUAAUUUAUGGGAUUCCAUCUCUAAAACUAUCACAGAUUAUGUUCAAAACAAUAAUCUCAUUCUUCCAAUUAAUUAUUUAGUUGAAAGAACAUAUACAUUAGUCCAACAAAUGAUGAACUUUAAUUGCAUUGUCAUUUGCGGACCUCCAAACAGUGGAAAAUCAAUGAUGAUCAAGUUGUUGGAAGAGGUUUACAAUCAGUUCACUUUGACAGCAAACAUUGUUAAUAACUACAAAGGAAUAUUGCAGUUGAAAGUCAUUGAUUUGUUCCAUUAUUCUCAUUCUUGGUCAACAGUUUUUGGAAAAACAGUUGAAAAAGUUGAUCCAGAAACAGGAGUAACAGAAUACGAAACAUUCUAUGGUUUGUUACAAAACGCAAUUAAUCAACUUGGAACAUUAGAAAAAACAAAACAUAGAAUAUUAAGAUUUGAUGGCGCUGUUACUCCGAAAUUUGCAAAGUUCUUGUAUCAAUUAGUUUGUGAUAAAUCAUCAAUCAGAACUAAUUUGAUGGAAAGGAAUUUCACAAACAAUACUUUACAUGUUUUCGUUGAAACAGAUUCUUUGGCCAAUUUCACACCAGAAUUGUUAUCAAAAGUUGCAAUUAUUAAUAUGGAUAAUUUGCAAUUCGAAUCUGGAAGGUUGUCAAAUUACAGAUUUAACGCAUUAGUUAUGCCAACACUUCCAUUUGAUAACGCCGUAUUAGAUUUCCCACAAAUCAAUGCAGAAAUCGUCAAAGUUCUUAAGAAUUGUUUCGUUCAAACAUCUCCGAUAAUUUAUAAGAAAGUUCAAAUGAUGAAUUCUCAAAUGAAUUUGACAGAAGCAAUUGACAGAAUUUGUUCAGAUGUUGUCAGGUAUUGUUUGGCAUCUAUAAAGAUGUUUGGCAUUGACAGCACUGAUGAAUUAAAGAUAAGCAAUGUUCUUGGAUAUGCUUUCUAUAGAUUACUUUCUUCUUGUGUUGAAGAUGACAGUUUAGAAGAAUUGCACAAAUUAAUUUUGGAGCAAUUCAACAUAACUUUGUCACAAAACUGGGAUAUUUGGGCACUUCCUGAAGCUUUCAUCGAGACAUUCCCAACACCAUCAUUGUUAUCAACACAAAUAACAAAGGAUAACAUUACUCCAAUCGAUUCUUCUGAUCUUCAGUUGAAGCCAAUUUUCACAAAAACUUCUGACGAAAAAGUACCAAUUUUGCCAAGUGAAAUUUCAAUUGUUUUGCCACAGAUUUUGCCAUCAAGCAACAUGAUAAAUUACUGCCUUAAGUACAACAGACAUUUCAUGAUGUAUGGAGAUAGAAACUCAGGAAGAAACCAUAUUCUUAAAUACAUUUUGACGAAAUAUCCUGAUAUAAUUCAUUUGAGAAUUAAAUUGUCACCUUUCUCAAGAUCAUCAGAAGUAUUGAGACUAAUACAGCAAGAAACACUUAUUAUGUCAAGAACGUUAAUAAGAACUGGUGUUGAAAAGAAGUUUUUGAUCGUUUUCGACGGUUUUUCAUCAGAAAAUCUUGAAUUAAUUGAAUUAUUGAGAGAAAUGAUCACUCGCAGAUCAGUUUGUUUCGGAUCUAAAUACGAUGCUAAAUAUGCACAAGACAUUGCUGUAAAAAACUUCAUUUUCGCAAUUUCUUGCCACGAAAUCAAAGAUUUGCCAGUGAGAUUUUCUUCACUUUUCGUUCCAAUCAAGAUGAAGAAAUUCACAGAAAACACACUUAGUAUCAUGUACAGGAAGCUCUUGAACACAUACACCGUUAGUCCUGAUUUCUUUGACUAUUUCAAUCCUGUUGCACAAAAAGUUUUGUCUCAGAAAUAUUUGAGUUAUUUAUUCAUUUUGUCUGUUCAUUCUCCAGCCAAAAAAUUCGAAACAGAAGAUGAUAAAAUGACUAUGCUUUCCAUUUUGUAUUAUGCGAUGUACAAUUCUUUGGAAGGAUCAAUAAGUGAAAGGAAACAAAAAAUGAAAGAAAUCAAAGAAGAUUUGUUCAAAGAUGAUGAAUUAAUGAACAAAUUCUUUGAGAAACAGAACCAAUCUCCUUUCAUGUCUCAAGCAACAUUCAUCUUCACACCUCCUGAUUGUAACUACAUUGCAUCUUAUGAACAAAUUGAUCUUGAAUUCUUUAAGAACAAAUUGAUUUUGUUGAUGAGAUCUUCUGUAACUGAUGAAACAAUGUUUAAUUUCUGUAAUUUAGAUUAUUACAUCUCUAUUCCUGGAGCACAUAUUUCUUUGUCUUCUAUUUCAAACUCAGGAAGAAUGACAUUGAUUAAUAAUAUCAUAAAUUACAGAAAUUAUCAGUUAUACGAUUUCACUCAGUCAAAAAUUGCAAAAAGUGACAUUUUGCCAGCAUUUAACGGCGCAGUUUUUGACAACAAGAUUCAGAUCAUUUGUGUAAGAUGUUGUGAAAGCCAUGAUUCCAAAGAAAACUUAGAAAUGAUCAGAAACAUUUUCGUUAACUUUAAUUUCUUAGUUUUGUUCAAUGACGAUGAAUUGAGAGAUUUACUCAAAAGAAUUAAUCAUGUUGACCAAAUCAACCACGAAAUUAGGUAUAACACCAUUGAAAAGAUCAAGAGUUUGUUGAGGACAUUGAUAAGAAUCGUUGUUCUCAAUGAUAUUAAGAAAGAAAUUCCUGGUUUCGUUGAUAUCGAAAUGCUUUAUCCAAGCAAAUCCGAAAUUUGCAGAAAUUACAUCGACGAAGAUCAACUCGAACAACUUAAACCAAUCUUCAUCGAAAUCUCUGAUUAUCUUGAGAAAACAGUUCCUAUGUCAUCGAUUACUAUGUUCAAUGACUUCGUGAACGAGUUCAGAUCAUCGGCAACAGGAGUAAUGAGUCGAUCAAUGCAGAAGAACCAAAAUGUCAAUACAACGAUAACUUUCAUUACUCGGUUGAGAAAUGAUUUGACAACAAUUCAAGACCAAAUUGAAGAAACAACUCCAAAACUAGAAAAAAUGAGAACUAAAAGUGAAAACUUGAAGAACGCUUAUUCAAGUAAACACGACGCAAUUGAUAUGAGAAGAUUGAAACUAAAUGAAGAAUAUAUGUUUAGAAACAAAGCUUUGCAUGAAAUGCAAGUAACUGUUGAAGACACAGAAAAAGAAAUGAAGUCUCAGAUUCCUAUGGUUGAAAGCAGAUACACGGAAAUAGCUAAGAUAACAAUAGAAGAUCUGAAGCCUAUUUCUAUUAUAUCUGAUAAUCCUCCUGAUGCAAUUAGAGAAUGUUUCACAGUCAUCCCAACUUUACUCGGUGAACCAGGAAAUUACGAAAAAAGUGGCAUAAAACUCAUGAAAAGUGAAAUUUUCGGAACUUUAAUUCACGAUGGAAUCGACUACAACAAGGUGAGAGGAGAACAUUUAGCGUUGAUUACUAAUCUCCUACAAAUGGAAUGCUUCUCCAUGAGUAAAUUGGAAUCUUUAGCUCCUGUAAUGGUUACAAUCAGAAGAUUCUUCGAAGCGAUUGCAAAAUAUCAUGAAAAACUCCAAGCUGUUAUGGACAAGAAGAUGGAGAUGCAAGCCAUGCAAAAUGAUUUCGAUAACUUCAAUGCGGACAUGAAGAGAGAAUUGGAAUCAAUUCACGACAUCGAGGAACAAUUCGUUGAUGAUGCAAAAGAAUUAAAAGCUGUUGGACAAGACUUGGACAAACUCGAAAAAACAAUGGCGACAUUGAACUUGAGAAACCAAAACGCAAAGAAUAUAUUGGAAGGUGUUGAUCCUCUAGUUGAAACAUGGACAAAUGAACAGAAACGUCUUGGAAAUCAAAGCGGAGAAGAUAUGACAGGAGAUGUAAUUUUAGUUGCAAUUUAUUUGUCUUAUUGUGGUUGUUUGGAUAUAGAAAAGAGAGAAGAAGUUUUGGCUGAAAUAACAAACAUCUUAACUAAUCACAACAUAUCAACAUCAUUUACUAAUCCUCUCAAGGAAGUUUCCAAUAGAAUUGUUUCUCAAAACAAAGUUCGAGUUAAACAUGAAUUGUUGUCUCAUUCUGCUUUAAUUGAUUUAGAACAUUUGUUCUCUUUGAAGAGAACUCCUCUUCUCAUUGAUAGUGACAAAGUAAUCUAUGAAGCUUUGUUGACAUCUACUGAUGCUUUAGUUGUUUCUUUGUAUUCAGAAAUGUACGAACAAGUUCUUGCACAAGCAGCGAAAGAAGGAAAACUAAUAAUAAUUUGUGAUGUUGAUAAAAUGAACAGCAAAUUAACUCCUUUGACAUCAAUCAAACCAGGACAAGAAUCAACAUUAAAGAUCAUGGGAGGAGAGAAGAUUAAAACAGCUGAAGGAUUCUUCCCGAUUUUGUUUGCAACUGCAAAAGAUGAAUAUGAAUUAGAUCCUUUAUUCGCAGAUUGUUUCGCACCAAUAAAUGUCCAGAAUUCUUCAAUGGAUGUCGUAAAGAAUAGAAUCAUUAGAGCGAUUGUUGGCUGCAAAUCCCCUGAUCUUCUCCAGCAAUACGAUGAAACAAAUGCUGCUGAGUUAGAACACCAAGUUCAGACAGGGCAAAGAGAAUUCAAUUUGUUGGAAAUUUUCGCGAAAAUUGCGAAAACAACAGAUUCAGAAGGAGCUUAUUUAAGCGAUACAGAAGCAUUGAAACCACUUCUAGAAUGCAAAGCCUUAUAUUUCGCAUCAGUCAGUGGUUCUCCAGAAGGACAUUCCGUCCAAAACAAGAUCAAUGAAAUCACUGGACCUUUGCAAUCAGAAAUACAAAGAUUGCAAACUCUUUGGAUGUGUCUUGCAAGAUUUUUGCCGACAUCUUCAUCAAUAUUGACAUAUAAGUUCUCUGAAUACGAGCAGAUCAUCAAGGAAUGUAUAACAAGAACUAAACAAGAUGAUCAGCUCAAAUCAGAACUUCUCAACGCUGUUGUCAAAUGGAUAAGUCCAGGAGUAACAAUCAAAGAUUUGUAUUUCUUCCUAACAAUUUUCGCAUUCCACGAAGAAGAUCUUCCAUGGGAUGAUUUAGUUGAAAUUGUCGCAAACAUCAACCAAGCAAUCAAAACAAAGAAAUGGUCUAUCGACUUCAAAUUACCAAUGCCUGCUGUUUUGAUGUUGAAAGAUUGUUCAUUGCCAGAAUUCCAUGGUUUCCUCAACCAGUUUAUCCAAGAAAAAUAUGGAGAUGUCACUCAGUAUUUGAGUCCAUUCCAACCAGAAGUUGCUUUAGCACACAGUGGAAAUACUGCAACAUUAAUUCUCUGCAAAGAUUAUGAUCCGAUGCCAGAAAUCUUUGCUUACGCCCAACAAAGAGCUCGUGUUGAUUCUUUGGAGUGUUUGACACUUACUGAUGACUCAAUUGAUGUUGCACGAAGAGUUAUUAAAUCAAGUGUUACAAGAGCAAAUUGGCUUAUCAUUUCUUAUGUCACACCUUCAAUCAAAACUUCUACAUUGUUAAAUACAAUUCCUGAUUUUGUUGAAGGAAAGAAUUUGGCCGCCAAUUUCAGAUUGAUCAUUAUUUGCAAAUGCAUUGAUCAUUUGAGUCAAAGAUUGUUAACAUUCUGCAAGAAGAUGGUUCCUGAAGAGAUGCCAUCAGCAAGAUCUAUUGCAACUAAAUUGUUGCAAUCACAAAUCCAGAAUCUUCGAAAUGCAACGAAAGUUAAACCAACAAGAAGAUUAUUCCAUGCUGGUUUAUUAACAUAUAUUUCUUUGUUGACAAGAUCUUUUGUUCCUCCAUUAGGAUUCCAGAAAGCUCCUCAACUUUCUCCAAACAACUUCUAUGAAUUGUUUAGAGAAGUUACACAAAGAUAUGUUGAUAGAAUGGACACAGUUCCUUUGAACAUGGUCAACAUGAGAACAGCAAUCCAAGACACUUGUUUCGGAGGAAAUUCAUUGUCUCCAAGCGACAGAAGAGUUGUUAGAGCGAUUUUAACAACAAUUAUGCCGUCAGCAUGUCUUGAAGACAACUUCAAUUGUCUCAAAGAUAUUUCAACUCCAGCUCCUUACCAAACUCCAGGAGAUGGUCCUUUGCAACAAUAUCAAAACCAACUUGGUUUGUUGCCUUACAUAACAUCACAAGAAUUAAUGUUUGUACCAGAUAAAUGUGCAAAUCUUCUUUUGUCGAUAAAACUUUCCAAAUUGUUCUCAGAACCAUUCAUCAAAAUUGGAAAUGUUCAACAGUUAUCAGAAGAAGAAAUUGAUAAAAAGAAAGAAGAAUUUGUUAGAAAUUUGCCAUUAAAGAUUGCAGGAAAUGGAGAAUCACCAGAUACACCAAUGAAAGCGUUUUGGGCAAGAGAAUCAUGUUUGUUCAAUGAGUUGAUUGACAUGAUAUUAAACGAAAUCGAAAACAAAGAUUUGACGAAAGAAUUCACAGAAAAUGUUAUUCCAAGUAAUUGGGAUAACAACUCAUAUUCAUUUGAUCAAUUCUGGAAGUUAUUGAUCAGAAGACAUGAUCUUGUAUCACAGUGUCUCGCAGGAAAAGAUUUACCACAACAAAUCGAUGCAGAACUCAUUGCAAGACCAAAACAAUUCCUUACUGCUUUAUCAUCACAAAGAGGAACUCCAAUUCAACUUUCUUUCAACCAACAUCCAAUAGAAGAAAUGAGUAUCAUUGGUUUGAAGGGAUUUAAUUGCAGAGUACAAGGUGAUAUCCUUAUUACUACUAAUGAUAUCUUUACCAAUCUUCCUCCUGUUUAUAUUAUGCCUCCAACAAUUCAACCUGGACAGAAAACUUAUGUAAUUUCUGUUUACGAAAAUCUCGAAAGUGGCGAUUCAGAAAUUAUUGCUGAAAUAGAAAGUAGAACUGAUUCAACAGACAGAGCUUGGCUUCUUAGCUCUGCAGCAAUAUAUUGGCACUUACCUCCUCAAUUAUUGUAA